UUCAAACCAAAAUAAAUAUAUUUUACUUUACCAACAAUAGUCCAACGCCUCGUCUUCCUCUUUCUUGUUAAUUUUUAAAUAGUAGAGAGAGUGACACAUCGCUGCUUCAUUAGUAUCACCGAUCAAUGGUUAAUUCCAGCGACUCUGUUUUGGAGAGCCAACAAAAACACAAAUCUCAGCGUUCGCAUGAAAACGACGAUGAAAACGUCUCCUAUACGGAAGCUAUAGUCAGGUGGAGAAAGCAACAGAAGAAAUAUUUGAUUUGGAAUAUAAACGACGUUCUUCUCAUUCUCAAGGGAAUUGUGGAAUAUGAAAAUGAGAAGGGAUUCAGAUACAAUUCUGAUUGGGAUAUCUUUUAUGGCUAUACCAAGGACUUGAUAAACAUACUCUUCUCCAAAAAGCAACUCAUAGAACAGGUCAAAAAGUUGAAGAUGAAAUUUGAGUUCUAUUUUCAGAGAUCCAAGGUUGGGAAACAACUUUCUUUUACUAAUUCUUAUGAGAAAGAACUCUUCAGACUGUCAACAAUCAUUUGGGCUAAAAAUGAAACAGAAGAUGCUUUUAGUGAGAAUAGGCAGGAUCAAGCUAAGGUUCUUGUUUUGAACAAGGGUGUGCCUUUGGUAGACCAAAAGCGGGUUAAUGACACAAGAAAGGAUAAAGAUGUGAGCCAGGAUCUAGGUGGUAUGGAUGAAUUUUAUGUUCUUCAGGACGCACUUGAGGCGGCGACAUCUUUGCAGAGUUUAGAGAAAACUCAACAGAAGAUGCUGUUUCAGAAUUUGGAAACUCUUGGAGCUCAGCGAAGGAAAGAGCUUGCUGUUGAAUGGAAGGCAUUGCUUAAUGAGGAGAUGGAAUUGCAUAUAAAGAAACUGACCUUCUUGGGAAAGCUUCCUUGUGCAUGAGUUUCUGCUUGGUUCAAGAAUAAAAAAAAAUAUUAUCCUUUGUUUCCUGUUGAUGUUUUUUUGUUUUGUUUUGUGUGUUUCAAGCCAUCUUUUGAACGGUUAUAAUAAGGGUAUGUUAAAAGAUUUGUGUCUUCUUUUGUCUUAAGGUGUGACUGAUUCCAUCAAAAUCACCAGUCUACUACUGUUCGUUGAGUUUCUUUGAUCUCUGUCUUUAUGUUUUAGCGAA